CGUGAGUCAUCUUGGAUUCUGGGUAAUUUUUCAACGUGUAGAAAGAAGUCAAUUUUUGAUUGAAUUUGGGCACUAAUACUAAUCUUUUCGACCUGAUAUCCGACGAAAUUCAAGUCUGAGGACUAUGGAUUAUAGCUGAGGAUGAACUGCUAGAAAACAUAACUCAGAUCUCAAGAAUAAACAAAAUAGGAUAAAACUGAUAUACUAUUCAAGGGAUAGGAUAUCAUAUUCACAUCAUGGUGCUGUCACAGAGGCAACGAGAGGAAUUAAAUAAAGCUAUAGCAGAUUAUAUGAAACAGAAUGGCUACCAUAACUCCCUCACAGAGUUCCAGAAAGAAACAAGUCUGCCUGCAGAAUUAGAGAAUAAAUAUGCUGGAUUGCUCGAGAAAAAAUGGACGUCAGUUAUACGACUGCAGAAAAAGGUCAUGGAUUUAGAGGCAAAACUUAUAGAAGCCGAAAAAGAAUUUAAUCAAGGCGGAGGCCCCACACGAGAAAAACGUAACCCAACAGACUGGAUCCCUAGACCACCAGAAAAAUAUUCAUUAAGCGGACAUCGAAGUCCCGUGACUAGAGUUGUGUUUCAUCCCAUAUUUAGUAUAAUGGUCUCAUCUAGUGAAGAUGCCACAAUUAAGGUUUGGGAUUAUGAAACUGGGGACUAUGAAAGGUCACUGAAAGGGCAUACAGAUUCUGUACAAGAUCUGAGCUUUGACCAUACAGGCAAAUGGCUAGCAUCUUGUUCAGCAGACAUGACUAUAAAACUAUGGGACUUUAAUGGCUAUGAAUGUGUUAAGACAAUGCAUGGUCACGACCACAAUAUUUCUAGUGUUACAUUCAUGCCUAGUGGAGAUCACAUCAUAUCUGCAUCCAGAGAUAAAACCAUCAAAAUGUGGGAAGUUGCAUCUGGGUUCUGUGUGAAGACAUUCACUGGCCACAGAGAGUGGGUUAGGAUGGUGCGAGUGAAUAAAGAUGGCUCUCUCAUAGCAUCAUGCUCUAAUGAUCAGACUGUUCGUGUGUGGGUUAUAGCUACAAAGGAAUGUAAGGCAGAGCUACGAGAACAUGAACAUGUCGUAGAAUGUGUGGAAUGGGCCCCAGAAUCAGCUAACUCUAAUGUACUUGAAGCUGCAGGCGUAGAUUCUCGGAAGGGAGGCAUAGCUGGACUUUACCUAUUUUCCGGAUCUAGAGAUAAAACAAUUAAAUGUUGGGACAUUGCAAGUGGAAUGUGUCUCUUUACGCUGGUGGGUCAUGACAAUUGGGUAAGAGGACUUAGAGUGCAUCCUGGUGGAAAAUAUCUUCUAAGUGCAUCGGACGACAAAACUCUACGAAUGUGGGACAUUAAGAAUAAAAGAAAUAACAAAACAAUAGAAGCGCAUCAGCACUUUACCACAUGUUUAGAUUUCCAUCAAUCGGCACCAUAUGUUAUUACUGGUAGUGUUGAUCAAACCAUUAAAGUUUGGGAAUGCCGCUAGAUUACACUUUGAAACUGUUUCUGAUUGGAGGAUGAAGUCUGGAUAAACAAUGUGGAAUAUCAAACAAUUCAACACAUGAAAUCCCUAGUUAAAUCCUCACACCCCUGCAAUGUUGUCUGCCACACAGUUGGACUAACCCAUUUUGCUUAUUUUGGACAUAUCAAUUUGUAGUAAAGGGGUGUUUUCGGAAGAAAAUUCAAAUUUGGACACUAUAGCAGCCCAUAAAAUGUUCUAUUAAUGAGAAAUUCACCAUCUCAAAAUGAAGGAUAUCUCAGAGAGGGAUUUCUAUGAGGAACUUUAUCAAGGAUUAUCCUGUCAGAUCUAUGGAUUAUCCUGGUAAAUCUAUGGAUUAUCCUGUUAAAUCUACGGAUUUAAUCCAUACUAGGGAUUAACAUUGAAUUCAAUGCGAAGCAUCAUCCUCCAAGAAUUUAAUUUAUUAUGACUAGGCUAGAUGGCAGUAUCAGUGACAUGUGCUAGAUGGUAUACAUGUGCUAGGUUGCAUCGUGCUAGACAUGUACUCAUUGGCAGCAUGUGCUAAGCCAGGAAACAAGCAUACAGCUAAAUGAAUAUAUGUGCUAAGAGGACCUAAACAUGUAUAAUUAUAGUGGAGUUGACUUUUGUCAAAAAUUGCACAGAGAAUCGUGAUAGAAUAGGAGAGCGAAACGUUAGAUCCUCACACCCCUAGAAUAUCAUCAGCUACACUAUAAACUUGCCCAUUUUGCUUAAUUUGGGCAAAUUCAUUUGUAGCAAAGGGGUGUUUUCGAUAAAUAUAAGAGGAUUGUGAUAGCAGACUAUGAUAGGAAUGCCAAUAUUUUAAUCAAACACUGAAAUAAAUCCAUGUUCAAUCAAUAAAUUGUGUUUGUAAUAUACAUUAAUUGUUGCACUGGAAAAUCCCCAUAUACUGGAAAAUCUCUUUUGUACAAUAGAAACUCUGUAUUGUACUAGAGAAGCUCUCUAUUGUACUAGAGAAGCUCUGUUUUGUACUG